CUUCCAUAUAUUUAUUACGAUCACAAUUCAAAAUGGCCAGCAUUGGAGAAGGAAAUGAGAAAAAGCGAAAGCUCUCCGGAGACGAGCUCGCGAUUGACGUUUCCGCUCCGGAACCUCCCUCGAAGAAAGCCCUGCGCAAAGCCAAAAAGCAGGGAAUCGACCUUACGGCACAGGCCAUUGAAGAACAGCAGAAGAAAGAACAGGCAGAGAAUGCCGCGAAGACACGAUCCGACUAUGGAGUUUGGAUUGGAAAUUUGGCUUUCUCGAUCAGCAAAGAUGACCUGCGCAAGUUCUUCACGAGCAAUUGUUCUUUCGCAGACACCACGGUCACCCGCAUUCACAUGCCCAAGGGUGCGGACAGGUUCAACAAAGCACAGAACAAAGGUUUCGCCUACGUCGACUUCGCCCACCCCAAUGCGCUGAAGGAAGCAAUGGGCCUCAACGAACAGAUGCUUAUGGGCCGCCGCGUGUUAAUCAAGAAUGCGAAGAGUUUCGAGGGCAGACCGGACAAGCCGCAAGACGAUGGACAGGGAUCGAAGACGGCUGCAGCCAGUGGUCAGACUCCAUCGCGACGUAUUUUCGUCGGCAAUCUCGGAUUUGACGUGACCAAGGAGACUCUGGAGGAACACUUUGGGCAAUGCGGAACGCUGGCCCAUCUACACAUGGCCACGUUUCAGGACACCGGGAAAUGCAAGGGUUAUGCUUGGGUGGAGUUUGAGGACAUUGCAGCUGCUGAAGCAGCGGUGAAGGGAUAUGUCAUGGUCAACGAAGAGGAGGAGGAAGAGUCUGACUCCGACUCUGACUCCGGUGCCGAGAAUCGAAACCGGUCCAAAUCCAAGAAACCCAAGCAGCGAAGGGUAUGGGUUAACCAGCUUAUGGGUAGAAGGAUGAGGAUGGAGUUUGCUGAAGAUCCGACGACACGGUAUAAGAAACGCUUCGGAAAGGAGGGAGAAGGCAAGGCCGGGGGAGACCAGUCGGAAGCGGUUGAGGAGGAUACGACCGGUGGUCAGUCAGCACCCGCGCGGCCGAAGAAGGUCAGAAAGCCAGAGUACUCUAGAUACGACGAGGGAACUGUCCAGAAGCUCAGCGGUGCCAUUGUCGAGGGCCAGGGUAAAAAGGUUACUUUUGAUUAGCCAUUCGACUCGAAUGCUGCAAGGAUUUCUGCAUAUAAUCGGCAUAUUACGCUUUAGACUGCUGUAUGGCCGUUGAACUGAGAGGCUGUUGUCGACGACUAAUGGCCAUCUUACAGAUACCCAAAAGAAAAGUUAUUUGUGUAUAUACGAGUAGGGUGUUCUCAUGGAGUUAUUCGCUAUUAUUGCAUUCAAUC